AGUAAAUAAAAAGUUAUUGCAGGCUUACUCUUUCGAAUAUUUAGUUGAGGAUGUGCUUCCCACCCCUCUCUGAAUCCAUGCACCCAGUCUAGACUUCUUUCCAUGACGGCGUGUAUUAAUUCACUUUGUAGGGAUUCCUCAAGAAGGAACAGUUGACAAGCGAAGAUAGCGCCAUAUCGUGGGACCAUAGCCUGGCCACUGUGUGCUAAAGCAACCAGCCGGCAUAAUGUCAUCUUCAAGUUCAUGUGAGGUAGCUCCACAGUUACAGCCCUUGGCCUGGCUCCUGGGGAAGUGGCGUAGUGAUGAGGGUCAGGCUGUUUACCCCACCAUGAAACUGUUCCCGUACCAAGAAGAGCUGGAGUUCUUUCAAACUGGACAGCCUAAUAUACAGUUUAAUUUUAACUCGUGUAAUCCUGAAAACAAGAAGCCCAUGCACAAGGAGACAGGCUUCAUCAGAAUUGACCCCACCUCCAACAAAGUGGCCUUUAUGUUUGCCAUGAAUAUAGGUCUAUGCUCAUUAGAGGAAGGAACGGUUGAUGGACAGUGCAUUGUCCUGCAGUCUAAAAAUGUCAACCGAAUGUCCUUUGGGAAGGAACCAGAAACGAGAAAGAUUUGCCGUAGAUUUGAGCUUAAGGAUGGAGUACUGAAGCAGACGGUACAGAUGGAGACAAGUACCACAGCUUUACAGGAACACCUGAGUGUUACCUACAGGAGAGUUGAAUAGUGACUUAUCAAAGCAUCCUACAGGCAUAACUGGUAAAACUGGGUGUUAAGGAGGGAGGUCAGAUAGACGAAUACUACAGCUUUACAGGGACACCCGAGUGUCAUACAGGAGAGUGGAACAGAGAUUGAUCAUAGGAGCGUACAGGUGUAAUUGGGAAUACUGGGGGGGUAAGGGAGGGUGGUCAGAUAGAGAUGAGCGGUACAGUGCAUGGGGUGAACAAAGCAGGCAUGAGAGUUGUCCUCUUUUUGGAGGAUUUUUCUAUACAAAAAAUGCAUCAGAAAAAUUCUGAGAAUUUAAUUCAGAAAUGCUAAAAAUGUCCAAAUUAUGAGUGUGAUAUAUCGUUUCCUCUUUUUCAUCCCAGUGUCUGUCUCAUCCCUGAUAUAGGAGAGUGGGACAAUGAU